AUGGGAGACAUUUUUUUCGCCGCUUGGGGGGCUGCCGGCGAAAUACUAAAGCCUGGGGAUGAAAAAGCAUCCACUCGUUGCCCCCACGCACUUAUCCACUCGUCACCGCACGCCUUCGCCUCUCCCUCGGCAUCGCUCGCCUGCUGCUCGCCGCUUCCGCCCUCGGCCCUCCUGCUACUCGCCGCCCCGGACAGCAGCGUGGCUCCAUCCCCUUCGCCGGAGACCAGCCCAAGCCCGCUUUGUUUUCUCCUCUCCCAAUUCCCCACCCAUCUCCGUGCUCCGUCGCUGCCCUCCGCCCUCCAGAACCACGGCUUCGAUCUGGCCGUGGCCAAGCUCGGCGUCGGUGGUACACAGCCAAGGGCAAGCCAUAGCUCGUCGUCCAGGGCACUUCCGCGGCACAAGGACGACGCCGACGCCGACGCACAAGACCAAGACCGCCUCCUGUGCUGGGAGAGGACGAGUGGGCUUUCUCCGGGCGACAACGUGAUGCCCGCCCUCCACCCACGGCGAGGAGAAGCGCCGCACCAGCGACGCCAACGAGGAGCUCUCGGCAGUGACAGCUCUCCGGAGUGCUCGAGCAGCGGCAGCGUCCUGGGAGUCGGAUUUCGUCCUCUUCGACCCCAAGCCCAUGGAUUUCCAGGCGCUCAAGACCUACCUGCUCAAGACACACGCACGUGCAGCCGGCCGCCACCGCCGCGGCCGGAGCUUGGCAUGGAGGCCAGGGCGAGGGAGCGCGGCGGCCAGCAACGAGACGGCGGCGAGGAGGCGUGGAGGCGAGCGCGGCGCAGCGCGGCUUCGUGCGGAGAGAGAGAGAGGAGAUCGAUUCUUUUUUGCAUGCAAGUGAUGGGCUAGCAGAAAAAGGAGGAGAGAGAGAGGAGAGAGAGGCUGACUGGUGGGGUAUCUGCAUGCAUAAAGUAUCGUCGGGCGUCCCGAGUGCCCCCGGGAGCCUGGGUUUUGGUUGGGGUCGCCGGCGCCGUUUUUGCCCAAAUCUGGCGCAAAACGUGGUUGUGAGGGUCUGACUGGGAGCAUUUUUUGCUGUCGGUGCUUAAAAAAGUGCUUAGGGGGGCUUCCUGAGGGGACGGAUGGAGAUGCUCUUAAUGGUUUUGCAAAAUGUUCAUGCGUCUUGGUGAAUUAUAGAGUUGUCUUUCUUCUACAUGUUAAUGGUCAAUAGUUCACUACUCGUGUUUCGAUAA